CAAUCAAGCAUUUCCAUUCACUAUCAAUGAGUGUUGAGGAAUUUUGGCCCACUUUUUGUUGCAGAUUUGUUUUAACCCUUAAUCGUGUUUCCAUUACCUCUAAAUUUUCUCAAAAGUCAAAUAUCGCAAAGAAAAACCUGUGACGGAAACGCCUCUGUUUCGCAAGAAAUGCCAAAAGUGAGAAAAAGCUUUUUAUGAUUUUACAAGGUGGUUUUUCAGAUGUGUCGACAAUCCGGUUAAUCACAAAAGUGUAAUGGAAACCCUUCCUGCAUAUUUGCCUCUGAACAAUCGUUUGAAUGAUAAUCCAGCUGCCUUCUUCCUCUGCUGACUAUUUUCAGCGGUACUGGCAGUCACGAUAUCCAUCUCCUUCAACGCUAAGAUCUUCUUUUUCAUUGAAUCCACACCUUUGUCUCUUCUGUCCCCUUUGUGGGCCUCUUGUGUGAUGUAGGGGAAGUGCAGUCCCCCUACCAGUGCUGCUCAACCUGUGGUGAGGGGAAGGUGCCAUCGCUUUUGUGUGCAAGGAGUCACAAGAAUUAGUGGUGACUGAGAUCUGAUGAAGAAGAUGGGACACACUUUGUUCUCUGAGUUAUUCUUGCUGUGUUCUCUCCUCUACACCGGACGAGCUCAAGAUGCUGUUCUGACUAUUGAACCCAGUUGGUCGACUUAUUUUGUUGGAGAGACUUUUACCUUCAUAUGUGACAUGAAGGAAGGAAGAAACGAUGACUGGGAAUACACAUUCAUCAGGGAUGGUCGGGAUUUUGUUCCUUACGAUACACACCAAUCCUACACAUUAUAUCCUCUGCAUACUUCUGAUACUGUUACAAACAAGGUUGUUGUGAUGCAACAACCCAACUGGCCUCAGAUAUUCAGAGGUGAGACGAUCACUCUGACAUGUGAGGUUCAGGGAGGUGAAACCACUGAGUGGAGGUAUGAAUGGAGAAGAUCUGGUUCAGAUACACCAUGGAAAUAUGAGAAAACGUGGACUUUCACUGCUUCUGAGUCCAGCAGUGGAGACUACACAUGUAAGACCAGACGCAGAGACGACCUGUAUUCUUCAACAGAGACGGGUGAAGCCUUCAGAUUGUUGCUAUCAGAUAAACCCAAAGCCAGACUGGUACAAAUAUCAAAAACCACACCAGUAGGAGGAAGUGUGAGUCUGAGCUGCUCUGUGGAGAACUCUGCUGGAUGGAAAUACGACUGGUUCAGACGAACCUCAAAAACAAAUGAAGUUCAAGUCAGAACAAAUGAUGUAAAUGGAGUUAUCAGAGUCUCACAAGGAGGCAUCUACAGGUGCAGAGGAUCAAGUGGAGAACAAAACUUCUACACUGAAACAAGUGAUGAAGUCACCUGUGAGAUAACCUUUACAAACAAGGUUGUUGUGAUGCAACAACCCAACUGGCCUCAGAUAUUCAGAGGUGAGACGAUCACUCUGACAUGUGAGGUUCAGGGAGGUGAAACCACUGAGUGGGAGUAUAAAUGGAGAAGAUCUGGUUCACAUACACAAUGGAAAUAUGAGAAAACGUGGAGUUUCACUGCUUCUGAGUCCAGCAGUGGAGACUACACAUGUAAGACCAGACGCAAAGACGACCCGUAUUCUUCAACAGAGACGAGUGAAGCCUUCAGAUUGUCACUAUCAGAUGAACCAAAGACCCAACUGAGAGCCGACGUCAGACUCAUCCCAGUUGGAGGCAGAGUGACUCUGAGCUGCUCAGUGAACCCGUCAUCAUCUGGUUGGAGAUACUACUGGUACAGAGAUGAGGAAUCCUCUGAACCCCUGACUUCACCAGAUGCUGUUUCCCAGUCAGAUGGACAAAUCAGUGUCUCACAGGGAGGAAUCUACUGGUGCAGAGGAGGAAGAGGAGAACCAGUUUACUACACAAACUUCAGUGAUCCAGUCAACAUCGAUACAGGUGUUGAGUUUAAAGAGGUUUACUUGAAAUAG